CAUGCGUCCCACUUCCCUUCCUGACUGGAAAACGCCACAUCUGACAGGGAGGGAGGAACAGACAGCACCACAGGGGAGUUUAAACAACGACCUCAAGAUGCUGGCACUUAUAAACCGGCUUUUGGACUGGUUCAAGUCUCUGUUUUGGAAGGAGGAGAUGGAGCUGACGCUGGUCGGUCUCCAGUACUCGGGAAAAACAACAUUUGUAAACGUGAUCGCUAUAUUAAACGACGUCUUUCAGGACAGGUGUACCCAUGGAAACAAGCCUGAAAUACAGUCAGGGCACUUCAGUGAAGACAUGAUCCCUACAGUUGGCUUCAACAUGAGGAAAGUCUCCAAAGGAAAUGUCACCAUCAAGAUCUGGGACAUAGGAGGCCAGCCAAGGUUCAGGAGCAUGUGGGAGCGGUACUGUAGGGGAGUUAAUGCAAUUGUGUACAUGGUUGAUGCAGCAGAUCGAGAAAAGGUGGAGGCUUCCAGAAAUGAGCUUCAUAAUUUAUUAGACAAACCUCAGUUGCAAGGAAUUCCUGUUUUGGUACUUGGUAACAAAAGAGACCUUCCCACUGCUUUAGACGAGAAGCAGCUCAUUGAGAAAAUGAAUCUGUCAGCUAUUCAGGACAGAGAGAUCUGCUGCUACUCAAUUUCCUGCAAAGAAAAAGACAACAUUGAUAUCACACUUCAGUGGCUCAUCCAGCACUCGAAAUCCAGGAGGAGCUGAAAAUGCAGUAGCUGUUUUCCAGUUGUGUUUGCCAUGUUACUAUCAUGCCACACCCCCUUCACUCUGCUAUGAUGUACAGUCUUCUACUCACAUACUGCACUGUUAUGCUCAUGCCACACACACACACCCCUUCCCCCCCUUUUACCUUGUCAUGUUUUCACAAUCCCCAAAGAAUGCACUACUAAAAAAGGUGACUCUGAUACCAAAUCUAAGGAAGACAAUUGGCAUUAUCAGCCUGCAAAGCUGUAUUCUAUUGCAUUAAUUUCUGCUCUCCCUUUUACUAUCCAUGUAUUAUUGAUGGUUAAUACCAGUAGUGUAUGACACUAAUCUUGGGUAUGAAAGAACACUCUCCAAAAGAAGGGGUUAUUCUAUUGAACGGGUAUUAAAAAAUUAAGAUUGUGUUCUUCACACAGUCAGACGUAACACCAGGAGACUCGCUGGUUUUCGUUCUUGUCGACUGACUGUAACCUUUUGCAAGAUUCUGCUUUCUUCUUUCAAAGACGUGUCUUGUUAUAGAAAAAUUUCGCAGUGAAGAAAGUCAUUUGUUGCAGGUCUGUACAAAUAUCAAGCUAGUAUGAUUUUUACUGAUGUGAGAUGUGCGUGUAUGAAUAUAUGAUUCUAUUUAAAGUCUGAAUGUACUAGACGUAAAGCUGUACAGGAUUGUGUGGUUCAUGUUGGCCCCUGUUUUGUCAGUAGCCUCGGUGGAAUGAUGUCCUUUGUGCUGCCCAGAGGGUGAGAGAGCGGCAGAAUUCAAAGUGCCUUUUGCAACGUCUCUCACCUCUGAAGCGAAGCAAAGCAGUGUGCAAGGUGUGCCUGCCUGGGUAGAGUAAACAAACAAAAAACACCACUUCAAUAUAUACAAGAAAUAAAAGGCAUGCUUUUUAAGUCA